CUGACAAUUGACAUUGACAUGAUAUUCGUAAAAAAGAAUCAAAACAGUUUCAUAUAAAGCAUAAAGUAGAAGAAAAAACAAAUAGUAAGAGAAUAUUUAAGAUGGAAGAAGACGAUCACGACGAGCUAUUACAGUGCACAGAUGAUGAGUCUUUGUCUGACACCGAAGACCAAUGUCUUCCUAUCGAUAAGCCUGAAGAAAACUACCGACACACCCUUACCUACUUCUGCCACACCAAACUAGAAUUCAUCACCACCAAGUUAGCCCUAAUCUUUUCAACAUCUGUGAUGCUCAUACUGUUCCCACUUUAUUUGGAAGCGAUAAACGUCCGUGGCAGCGCUUACUCCAUGAUUUUGACCAAUACCUCCAUUUCCACCCUCCUGUUCGUCGUGACAAUGGUCAUUGCAAAGUGUUUCUGUGAGAAAUACAGGAAUAUAAGGAUAUGCAGUUUCCCCGUACAGUUUUCCAAGCUCCUUCAGCUGUCUGGGGUGUAUUUUUUAUGCGCAUUUAUGAUCGUGUACGCUUUGGACAGGAAGAGAGUUAUAUGCCACCUGCAAGACCCAAUUAAAGGGAUCGUUCUUGUGUUUUCGCUGUUAUAUUAUUUCUUCUUUUGCAGAAAGU